AUGCGGGCGCUUAAGAUGACAUAUUUAAUAUAAUAUAGACUUUAUAUGCCGUCGGCGCGGGAGUAUGCGGCCUCGGAGGACACGGCGCUGCUGCGCGAUGGAGGUUCCGGCUGGGGCUACAGCGUCCCCAGCGUCGGCGUCGCCCUUGCCGGCCGCGGCGGAGGCAAGGCCGGCUCAGGCGCCGCAGCGCAGCGAGCAGCGAGCGACAGCGCUCCCCUCAAGAGCAGCAAGGCGGGAGCGGUGGACGACGAUGACGAGGAAACGUUCUUCGAACGCAUCAACAACAGCGACGCCAUGGUCCGCUUCAAUGCGGCUCUGGACCGCAUCUACCAAAACUACUUUGUAGCUGUGGCGUUCGACGUGGUGGGCUGCCUCAUGUUCCUAUUCGACAUCUACACGGACGCACUAGUGGUGAAGGCGCUGUCAGAGACGGAGCACAAGGACUGGAUGAUCACCACACUGGUGCUGAUCUUGUACCACUAUGCCCUCAUGGCGGCGCUGAUUACCGCUUACUACCGGCGUAUCAGCACCAAACUGAAUGUGCUGGGCCUUGAGGAGGGCGACUCGACGGUGGGCGGCGCGGCAGUGCUGGGCGGCCGCCAGCGCUACCGCUGGCUGCUGCUGCUGCCGCUGGCCAUCCCCGGGGUGGUGGUGUUGGACAUCUGCAUGCUGUUCACCUCGCUGCUGCCACUCAUGUUCCCAAGGAUGUUUGCCAACUUCAGCUCCUUCCUGUCCAACUACAAUUUCUCACGGUUCUUCAUCGAGUUUGUGUUCGAGUCCAUUCCCCAGACCGUCCUCCAGACCUACAUCUACCACCAGCUGGCCAAGAGCCACCUGGCAGGCAGCGGGCAGCAGCGCACCGUGGCUCUGUCGCUGACCAUCUCCAGCAUCAACUGCCUCAAGUACGGCUACAAGCUGUGGAAGGCCGCGGACGACGCCGGGCUCACAUUGCUGGAGUACUUCAAGUACCUGCUGCUGCUCAAGGGCAACUACGAGUGCAGCCCCAGCUCCAUGAUUGCCGUCAUCAACGAGUGCUGCGCCAUGAAGCGGGCCGCGGCACUGGAGCGGACGGACACGCGGGCGGGCGCAGCGGGCGCAGGCGCGGGCGCAACAGGCGGCGGCGGCGCAGGCGCGGAUGCAGACUCAGCACUGGCGCAGCCAGUGGGGCUGGGCGGAGCGGCAGGGGGUGCAGGCGGCGGUGGUGGUGCUAGUACUGGUGGUGGUGCUGUGUUCAUUAUGAACGGAUUCCACCUGCACCGCAACAAGAGCCAGUACGGCCCGGCGCAACAGGCCUACAUCCUGCUGAACGCCUUUGACCGGAUGGAGGGCUGCUCCAACGUCACCCGGUGGGUUGUGAGCGGCUGCCCGCUCGCCUCCAUGAACCGCAUUCUGGAGAAGGGCAUCAAGGCCUUCAAGAACCUCAACACACUCGAGGUGAACGAGUGCGCCUUGCGGGGUGACACGUGGAAGGUGGUGACCCGGGCCAUCAAGCGCCACAAGUACUUGGACAAGGUCAAGCUGAUCCAGACUGGCAUCCUGACCAAGUACCGCAACGCCAAGCGGCUCCGGGUGGUGACGGGCCUGUUCAAGCACUCGCUGCGGCUGCGCACCGUGGCGCUGUGCCUGCACUGGUGGGACGAGCAAUACCUGCAGGAUGCUGUGGAGCUGUACCUGCUGGACCACCCCACACUGGAGUCACUGGCCAUAGAGCUGCCUGCCGGCGCGCCCUUCGCCGCGCGGGACGCAGCUUCAGACCCGCACGCCGCUACGUCAGUCACAGGGGCGGGAGCCGGGGCCGGGCACAUGAAGGGAGGCGGGUCGGGGCGCGGCAACUCCCACCCGCCGCAACUCCUGUGGCAGGCCUCCACAGGGCUGUGGGGCCAGGGCGUGCCCGGCGCGAGGCGCUGGUCGUACACUGGGCCCGGCACCGGCGGGGGCAAGGGCGGGGCAGGCGGCAUGGCUGCAGCAGCCUUCCCCGCCUCAAGGAGUGCCGGCGGCGCCCCCAGCAGCGGCGGCGCGGCAGGCGCCGCCGGCCGCGCACGCUUCGGCACGGGCAGCGCGAGCAGCGCCGGCGGCACCUCCACUGGCUUCCUGAGCCCGUUCGCAGUGGACACGGCCGCAGCGGUGGCGGCGGCCGGCGGCAACGAGGGUGGAGGCGGCGGCGGUGGCGGCCGAGUGGGCGGGGCGCUUGCGGCGCUGCCUGGCGCGCUGCUGGGCUGGGUGCAGCAGGGCAGCGGCGCGCUCAUCGGGCUUGCCUCCUACGUCUCCGGCACCACCAUCAGCACUCUGCAGGGCUUCACCUCGGCAGUAAUCGGCGGCCCCGCCGGCUGGGGUGAUGAUCCGGAGGCCGCCGCCGGCGCAGCCGCUGCCGCAGGCGGCGGCGCCGGCGACGGCUUCGCCGCCGCCGGCGUGGCCUCGCCCCGUUACUGUUGGAUGUUGGCGUCGGUGCUGGCGGCGGCGCCGGCGCUCAAGUCGUUGUACAUACAUAACCAUGCGCUGCCGGAGGCGGCGCAGGGAGUGGGCGCGCUGGCCGCGGCGCUGCUUGGCAACACGCGCCUCACCAGCCUCAGCCUGCGCGGCAGCACGGUGGGAGACGCCGGGGCGGCGGCACUGGCGCGCGUGCUGUCAGCGUCAGGGAUAGGGGGAGGUGGCGGCGGCGGCGCGGCUGCGGCGGCAGCUGCGGCGGCGGCCGGCAUGGGCGGUGGCAAUACGACGUUGCAGUCGCUCAACCUGCGCAAAUGUCAGCUGCAUGACGAAGGCGUGAUCGCCGUUUUCGGCUGCCUGGCUGACAACCAGGCCCUGAGGACGCUGGACCUCUCACACAACCGAGUGCAGGGCGCCCGGGUGGGUCGGGUGCUGGAGCGGGCUCUGCGCCUCAACAGCUGCCUCUCGGAGCUGCGGCUGGAGGGGUGGCGCGACACGUUCGACGACCCACAGGUGGUGUCGGCUCUGGCCUCCGCCCUGGCCGUGAACAGCGGCCUGCGCUCCCUCAGCCUGGCCGGCUGCAGCCUGUCCACCUCGGGCGCCAUCACCCUGGCGGCGGCACUGGCCGUCAACAGCAGCCUCACCAGCCUCAACCUCUGCGUCACCUGCGCGGACGGCGGGCCCGGCUGCGGCGGAGGGGGUGGGGGUGGGGGUGGGGGUGGUGGAGGGGGAGGAGGCGCCGCGGGCGCGGCGGGCAAGACGAGCUCAGCGCUAGGCACAGGCAUCGGCGACCACGGUGUGGCCGCGCUCGCCGCCGCGCUGGCGCGCAACACCACCCUGCGCGAGCUGCACCUGGGCGGCGCGGUGGUGGGGGAGCUGGGUGGCGCCGCGCUGGGGGACGCGCUGGCGGGCGGCGCCAACCGCAGCCUGCAGCUGCUGGACCUCAGCUGCGAGGCGGGCGGCAGCGGCGCGGCGGAGGCGCUGGCGGAGGCGCUGGGGGCGGGCGGGUACGCGGUGCAGGUGCAGGUGGCGGCGUGCGGCGUGGAGGGGCUGCAUGGCGCGGCGGCGGGGGCGGGGCCGGGGGCAGGAGAAGGUGGCGGCGGGCAGGCGGCGGGCGUGUGUGACGCGGCAGCCGUGUCAAUCUUCACCGCACUGCAGUCCAACACGGGGCUCAGGGUGCUGCGGCUGCGCGGAGCCAGCGGCCUGUCCAUCCGGGCCGUGCGCGCCGCCGCCGAGGCGCUGCGCCGCAACACCACCCUGCGCGAGCUGGACCUGAGCGGCGCCACCUUCCUCGCCGCCGACCCCGACCUGCUGCUCAGCACCUCUGUGUCCGUGGGCGGCGUGGGCGCGGGCAUCAGCGGGUACGCCUCCGCCGCGGCGACGCCCUCCCACAGGCAGCACCAGCAGUACCAGCAGCAGCACACGGGCUCGCUGGCGCGGCUGUCGAGUGCCGCUGGGCAUGCGCACGGCCACCAACACCACUUCCGGAGCAACAGCCACAGCCACCCGAGUGGCGGCGGCGGGGGCGGGGAGGUUCUGCCGGCGCUGCCGCGGCCGUCGUCUCUGAAGUCCAUUGGCUCCAGCCGCUCGACGCAGUCACUUGUUGCGCUCGCACGCGGACAGCAGCACCUGCAGACCACCCCGCCGCACACGCCGCGCAACGGCUCCGCAUUUGAAGACGCCGCGGCGGCCGCAGCCGAAGCAGCUGCCGCCUCUACGCCCCGCCGCCCUAGCAGCGCCGGCCUCAACAGAAUACCUUCGGUUGGCGGCGUGCUGGGCGGCGGCGACGAUGACGCAGGCGGCGGCGGCGGUUGCAACGGCGGCCUUAGCGCAGAGGCAAUGGAGAUGGUGGGAGCCUUGUGGAGCGCCUUCGCGGGCGGCCUGGCGGCAAACACGUCGCUGCGGGUGUUGCGGCUGGCCUACUGCGGACUGGGCGCAGUGGGUGCGGCGGCGCUGGCGCCGGCGCUCAUGCAGAACUCCACGCUUACGGAGCUCGACCUCACGGGUCUGUCCGCCGCCACCGCCCGCCAGCAGCUGGGUGCAGUCAUAGCCUGCGCCGCCGCCAACCUGUCAGCAGCCGCCGCCGCCGCCGCCGCCUCAGCCGCCGCCUCCACCGCCCACCUCGGUGCCCUGGCACAUGGCGGCGGUGGCGGACAUGGCUGGCCUGGCCACGGCAACCGGGCUGUACAUCUUGGCGGUGGCGGUGGGGGUUGGGGUGGGUCGGGAACGGGCACGCCACGCGCCGCGGCAGCCAGCGGCAGCUAUGCCUCCGGCCUGGGUGGGGGCGGCGUGUGUGCGCUGGUGAGCAUCAAGGCGACCAGCGAGUCCUAUGAGGUUGUGGACGUGCUGGGGGCGGACAAGGUGACCAGCAGGGCUGCGGAGGAGGCGGCGGCCGCGGCGGAGGAGGCCAUGCGCGCCCCGGGGCGGUGGGGCCGCCGCAGCGGAGGUGGAGGAGGAGGAGGAGGUGCCGGGCCAGGCAAUGGGAAUGGGGAGUAUAUAGGCGGGGCGUUGUUGAGGCGGGGUGGUGUGAGCCGGUCGAGCAGCCAGGGGAAGCUGGCGGACAGCGCGGGAGGAGGUGGCAUCAGCAGCAGCGGCGGCGGCGCAGCCGUGGGCCACGGUGGCGCGGGUGGGUGGUGGAACAGACUGCUGCGGCGGUGACCAGUUACCGUGUAGCAAUGCCGUAUGGUGGUGAGCGUGAGUUUGCUUUUCGAUGAUGGGUCGUGCUACUCAAAACCAACUUUCCGCAACGUAGACGGAUGACAGCCGUGUCGUACAGUGUCGUACUGAGUGUCGAGUUCAUUGUCGAAUUGAGUGUCCUCGAGAACGUCAGAGAGCUGUGUGUGCAAUUACCAUGCACGAUGGCAUGGCGCGGUCGCAGCCUGCGAGUCUAAAUAGCAUAUGCCUUACUUGGUUUCGUGCCGCUUGGCGGUCUUCGUCAUGAUCAUGCCUGCACAUUAUGUAGCUUAUACAGCGGAAGUGUGGUGGUGACUAAGGGAAGCGUCGUGCGGAAGACGCACUCGGCGUGUGUGGGCUCCUUGGUGCAUGCUCCUGACACCGCAGCGCUGCUGACAUGUUGAUGAUGGCGUCCUAGGCGUCCUGCAGAUGGUGGGGUGGAGUGGAAUGCAACGUUCAUGCUGAUUAGGAUGUGUGCGAGACUGUGUGUGCGUGCGCGCGAAUGACUUGACCGUCCGUACAACUGUGGAUUGAACGCGUGCUGGUAACUCCGCUCGGACCUGUUAGUUGGCAAACAUCGGGGGCUUCAUGUGCAUCGCUUUUGAAACCGUAUUGACAUUGUUGGCAUUGCAUGAAGGGACCAGUGGACAUGCACGUGCAUAUGUCGGGGGUUCGACUUUGAGGAAGUUCCUGGCUGGCGGCCUGCGGCCGUGUCUGGACGUGUCGCUCAAGAGCUCCGGGGACGUGGAGUACCUGAGGGCCUACAUGGUGGGGGCUCGGGGGCUGGGUUGAGUCACUUUCCAACGUAUGCACGUCGGAAUGCACGUCGUGCUCACCACCUUGUAACCACACACAACA